AUGAAAUCAAUUUAUUUAAUAAUUUUAUCACUACUAAGUUUCACAUUAGCUGAUACAAUUACAUGUAAUGCAACUCAACAAUGUCCUGAAUCUUCUCCAUGUUGUUCUCAAUUUGGUAUAUGUGGAUCUGGUGCUUAUUGUUUAGGUGGUUGUGAUAUAAGAUAUUCUUAUAAUUUAACAAGUUGUAUGCCCAUGCCAAGAAUCUCAGAUUAUUCAAAAACAUUUGAUUCAAAAGAUGAUGUUCAAGCUAUUGAAUUACAAACUCAAUAUUUAGGUAAUUCUUCUGAAGCUGAUUGGGUAUAUACUGGUUGGGUUGAUUAUUAUGAUAAUGCUUUAUUAUUACAAAUGCCAAAUCAUACAACUGGUACUGUUGUAUCAUCAACAAAAUAUUUAUGGUAUGGUAAAGUUGGUGCAACUAUAAAGACAUCUCAUGGUGGUGGUGUUGUUUCUGCUUUUAUUUUAUUUUCAGAUGUUCAAGAUGAAAUUGAUUUUGAAUAUGUUGGUUAUGAUUUAAUUCAUCCUCAAUCAAAUUAUUAUUCUCAAGGUAUGUUAAAUUAUAGUAAUUCAAGAAAUUCAAGUGUUAAUAAUACUUUUGAAUAUUAUCAUUUAUAUGAAAUGGAUUGGCAUGAAGAUUAUAUUACUUGGUCAGUUGAUUCAGUAGAUGUUAGAACUUUAAAUAAAAAUGAUACUUGGAAUGAUACAACAAAAAGAUAUGAUUUCCCACAAACUCCUUCAAGAAUUCAAUUUUCUUUAUGGCCUGGAGGUGAUCCUUCAAAUGGUCAAGGUACUAUUGAAUGGGCUGGUGGGGAAAUUGAUUGGAAUGCUGAAGAUAUUCAAAAAUAUGGUUAUUUUUAUGCUCAUGUUAAAGAAAUUCAUGUUGAAACUCGUGAUUUACCUGCAAAUGUAAGUAUGAAAGAUGGUAAUUCAACAAAUUAUGAUGAUUAUCAUGCAUUUUUAUAUGAUUCAACUGCAGGUAAUGAAGAAAAUAUUUAUUUAACAAAUAAAAAAACUUGGUUAGGUUCAGAUAAAGCUACUGGAUUUGAUCCUCAAAAUGAAAAUGAUAAUUCUAAUAAAAAUGUAACAACAACAGUUAUACAUACAAGUGGUUCAAGUACUUUUACAUCAGUUCAUACAACUCAAGAAAAAGCAACAGCUCAAGCAGUUGCUCAAAAUACUGCACAAGCAAAUCAAGUUACUGCUGCUCAACAAAAUACAAACAAUAAUAAUAACAAUGGAUAUCAAUCAACUGCUGGUAUAGGAGGAUUUGUACAAUUUUCUAAUCCAACUGGUUCAUCAAGUGUUGGCGGAUCAAAUGAGAUAAUUUCUAAUAGUGGAAGUGUAUUAGUUGCAAUGUUUUUAGGAUUGGUAUCAUAUUUAUUUUAG